GGAUUUUUAGGUGGGGGUGGGGGUGGAGGGGGUGGGGGGCGGCCAAGGAGGAGGAGCCAUGAAAUUUCUGGGCGGAGUCAUCAGUGCCAUCAGUGAAGCAGCAGCCCAGUAUAACCCAGAGCCUCCGCCCCCUCGUAGCCAUUUUUCCAACAUCGAAGCCAAUGAGAGUGAGGAAGUCCGGCAGUUCCGAAGACUCUUCACCCAACUGGCCGGAGAUGACAUGGAAGUAAGCGCAACGGAGCUGAUGAACAUCCUGAACAAAGUAGUGACUAGACAUCCGGAUUUGAAGACCGAUGGGUUUGGGAUUGACACCUGUCGUUCCAUGGUGGCUGUGAUGGAUAGUGACACCACAGGCAAGCUGGGCUUUGAGGAAUUCAAGUAUCUCUGGACCAACGUCAAGAAGUGGCAGUGCAUCUACAAGCAAUACGAUGCUGACCGAUCCGGCACCAUUGGCAGCAGAGAACUGCCAGGAGCUUUUGAGGCCGCAGGCUUUCAUCUCAACGAACAGCUCUACGCCAUGAUUGUGCGCAGGUACUCAGACGAGAGCGGGAACAUGGAUUUCGACAACUUCAUCAGCUGUCUGGUGCGCCUGGAUGCCAUGUUCCGUGCCUUCAAAUCUUUGGACCGAGAUGGCAGCGGGCAAAUCCGUGUGACUCUGAAGGAGUGGCUGCAGCUCACCAUGUACUCCUAAGAGCCACCGGCCGCCAGCAAGAACCCCCCACUUUCCUCUACCACCCCCAAUUCUGUCCUGGAGUGAUGUAGAGUUCGGCGUUACCUAUUGGCAGAUCUCCCUUCGGCGUGAGAAAAUCUAAGGAGAUGCUAUUCUGCAGUUCGGCUUCCUUUCCUGAAAGCCAGACAAAGAAACUUCCUGUUUUUACUCUUGUUUUCCAUUGCAAUUUUUAAUCCCUGUUGUAAAAGCCACAGCUGUUUUUUUGCA